CGUCCCGGGGUGAAAUCGCUGCGCGCAGAAGCAGCGCGAGGAGAGGCGCGGUCGCCAUUUUGGAGCGGUUGUUGGGGGAGCGGUGUGUGCGCUGCCCUCUGCCCGCACCGCCACCGAGCCCCAACCAACCAACCGCUCUCCGCGCUCCGGCCCUCCACCGCCGCAGCCAUUGCUGACCUUGCCAUGUCCGGAGGGGGCGUGAUUCGCGGCCCAGCCGGCAACAACGACUGCCGCAUCUACGUGGGGAACCUGCCCCCCGACAUCCGCACCAAGGACAUCGAGGACGUCUUCUACAAAUACGGGGCCAUCCGCGACAUCGACCUCAAGAACCGCCGCGGGGGCCCGCCCUUCGCCUUCGUCGAGUUUGAGGACCCCAGGGACGCGGAGGACGCCGUCUACGGGCGGGACGGCUACGAUUACGAUGGGUAUCGCCUCCGCGUGGAGUUCCCUCGGAGCGGCCGGGGCACCGGCAGAGGCGGCGGAGGAGGAGGAGGGGGCGGCGCCCCCCGGGGCAGGUACGGCCCCCCGUCCCGGCGCUCGGAGUACAGAGUGAUCGUCUCGGGGCUGCCUCCAAGUGGAAGUUGGCAGGAUUUAAAGGAUCACAUGCGUGAGGCAGGUGAUGUAUGUUAUGCUGAUGUUUUCCGAGAUGGCACUGGUGUCGUGGAGUUUGUGCGGAAGGAAGACAUGACCUACGCUGUGCGAAAGCUGGAUAACACUAAAUUUAGAUCCCACGAGGGAGAAACUGCCUACAUCCGGGUUAAAGUUGAUGGCCCAAGAAGCCCCAGCUAUGGAAGAUCCCGGUCCCGCAGCCGUAGUCGUAGCAGGAGCCGUAGUCGCAGCAACAGCAGGAGCCGCAGUUACUCCCCCCGGAGGAGCAGAGGAUCUCCACGCUACUCACCCCGCCACAGCAGAUCCCGAUCUCACAUAUCUGAAGAGAUGGAUUAAGAAUGCUUUGGAUUAAAGGAUUGUGGAGCACAUGUCAAUCAUUUUAGGAUUGUCAAAAGGAGGAUUGAGGAGGAUCAGAUCAAUAAUGGAGGCAAUGGUAUGACUCCAAGUGCUAUUGUCACAGAUGAACUUGGCAGUAUUGACCUUAUACUGAGACAGGUUAAUUAACUACCUGCACCUAGGUGUCCCUUCAGGCAUGGUCUCCUUACUGCAGACUGCAAUUGAGCUCUUUUCUUUAAAAACCUUUUUUUGGGGGGGUGAUUGUGGCAAAAUACUUGCUUUGGUAAUUCUCUAUUCCAUUCUAGUUUUUUAAAGGAGUAAUCUGGGCUGGGGGAGGGGAGCAUUGGUUUACCUUGUCAUGCAGCAUUUGGUUACAAGUGUUUAAUGUCCUGUAGUGUUUGUACACUUGUAGUAUAUCAGGGGUAUCUUUCCAUCAGAGUAUAAUAUCAAUACUGCUAAAAUCUGCAUGUCCUCUGUGUGACUGGUACAGCCUUGCUAUCUCAGUUUUAUUAAAGUAUCAGAAUGAAAGCCAAAAAAAACCAAAACAACCAAACAAAAAAAACCAACAGAACCCCAAACUAGUUGGGAAUGAUUUCCUAAGUGUCAGCCCUGCCCCCUCAGACUAAUUCCCUCCUGAGCCAGGGCUCUGUGUGAGAGCUCCGGGGAGUUUAAUCCUGUUCCCUCCAGUGGGAGUGCCAGUGGUAGCCAGGCCUGCCGGAGCUGAGAGCUCUGGGGAGCUUUCACACUGGAAGCUUUUCCACUUCCAUUAAAAACGUUUUUUGCAACCAGAAAACCUUCCAGCACGGCCACCCUUAGGAGCAGGGAGGGUGUUGGCGUUGUCAGAUGACAUACUGGUUAAUGUGGCAAUGUUUCCUCCAGAUAGUAAUUAACAUUUCUAGAAAUGAUCUGAGCAUCACCAUUCACGAGUUUGUUUUGGGGAAUUGAUAGUUAUCACUGUACAUCUCUAUUAAUUGAUGGCAAACAUAACUGAUCAUUCCCCAGAAUCCUAUUUUUUCAUUACAGUAUCUAACUUUUUGCCUCCUCUUUUUUGGUUUUGCUGGUUAUAAAGGUUUGGAUUGGAGAGGGCUCACUGGAUCCCAAUCCUUGGAGCUGGAUCAUUGGAUUCAAAUCAUAAUGUGGAUAGGAUAGGGAGGCUGAAUUACAAGGAUUCAUGGAGCGGGAUCAGAUUACCAGGAACAUAGGAGUGGAUUCCUGCCCCAACCAAACCCCAUUCGUGUGGAUUUUUUUAUUCAACUCAAUUGGCUAUUCCAAAGAUAUUUUUUUUUCCUAUUUUUGACGAUUGGAGCCCUUAAGAUGCACGGUGGAGUUUUGCAUUUUUUUGGUAAAAGGAGCAAAGCGAGGACCUGGAGAGGUACGCUGGAGCAAUCUCCUUGGAAGGAUUCAGCACGAGUAGAUGGUAAACAUUAAAGGGGAAAAAGGGGGGGGUUUUUUUAAAAAAAAAAAAAAAAAAAAAAAAAAGUUGUCAUUUCUCUAAAUUUAAAGACACAAAUUGGAGUUAAAGAUUCAGUAGGUUUUCAAUUGGCUGUUGCCUUUUUUUUUUUUUUUUUUUUUUCCUUUGAGAAAUAAAAAUUUUUACAAAAAA